AGUAAAGAUAAAGAAUCAACGUAAUCGCCAUUCUCCACCACCGGCGACAACUAAAAACUCCGAUGGUCUCCGCCACCGAAAACCGUCGUUAUCCUCUCCACCACCACAUAAACAACGUCUCUCACUUCAUCCACUCAACCGCCACAAACAUCUCCUCUAUUCUCAACCCUAAUUUCCCAAACUCAUCAAAUUCCGCUUCUUCACCGUCCAAAAUAUUCCUCUCGUUGCCACCUCUUUCGCCGUUUGAUUCUUCUUCGAUUGAUGUUGACUCGUUUUCUUCUUCUGCAAGUCAUCCAUCUUCAUCGGUUAGGAAUAUGUCGUCCGAGUCUACGAGCUCAGGGUUUCCGUCGACUGUUAGGGUUUCGAAUUUGAGCUCUAACGGAAAGGGCGGUGGUCCGGCGUUUGUUGGUCAGGUUUUUAGUAUGUGUGACCUUUCCGGUACUGGUCUCAUGGCUGUUUCUACUCAAUUUGACAUUCCGUUUAUCUCUAAAAGAACACCGCAAUGGCUUAAAAAGAUGUUUCAAGCAGUUACAAAGAGCGAGAGGAAUGGCCCUGUGUUCCAAUUUUUCAUUGAUCUAGGAGAUGCAGUUUCGUAUGUUAAACGAUUGAGUAUUCCUAGUGGGGUUGUUGGUGCCUGUCGCCUUGAUCUAGCAUAUGAACAUUUCAAGGAAAAACCUCACUUGUUCCAGUUUAUUCCAAACGAAAGACAGGUCAAAGAAGCCAAAAAAAUUCUAAAAAAGGCACCACAAAACACUCGUAAAAAGAAAGUUGAAGGGGUUCCUGUUUUUAGUGCACAAAAUCUAGACAUUGCAAUAGCCACUGCUGACGGGAUCAAGUGGUACACUCCAUAUUUCUUCAAUAAAAGUAUGCUAGAUGACAUUCUUGAGGAUUCUGUUGAUCAACACUUUAACUCGCUAAUUCAAACGCGACACUUGCAAAGACGCCGAGAUAUUAUAGAUGACAAUAUAGCUUCAGAUCUAUUGGAUGAUAAUACAGAUAACGUGUGGGAACCCCCAGAGGUUCAGGAAGUUAUGGAUGAAAUUGGCCCUCCUUCUAUACCGUUGAGUAUAAUUACAAAGGCUGCAGAGAUACAGCUUUUGUAUACGGUUGAUAAAGUACUUCUCGGAAACAGGUGGUUGAGAAAAGCCACUGGAAUCCAACCCAAAUUUCCGUAUGUAGUUGACUCAUUUGAGAAAAGGAGUGCAGUAUCCUUUCAAAAGGCAUCCAUGCUACCCCAUGACGGCCCGAAUUCCAAGUCAGACUCUGAAAGCAAACAGCUCCAUCACAUUAAUCCUUCAAAACACGAGUCUCAGGGUGAAAAUAAAAAUAAACCGGAUUUCCAUUACCCCUUUGGAGAAUGGUUUACUAAUCCGUGGUUGAAACCGCUUCACCCUCAUCAUAACCUACCUCACAACAGAGAGGGAGGUAGUGGUAAAGAAUGUUUGAAAGAAGACCUCAACCCGAACCCAUUUCUUCCAAAGAUCACCAUGGUUGGUGUGGCUACGAGUGAGGCUGGGCCAAUGAACAAGGUGACACUGAAAAAGACCAUGGAUGAUUUAACAAGAGAACUGGAAAACACAGACCAUGGAACUACUUUUAACGGUUUUAGUGAAUAUAAAUAUGAUGAAGAAAGGGAUCCGCUUUUCGUGGCAAAUGUGGGUGAUUAUUAUUCGGGUUUUUCAAAAGCAAGCUCGGGUAAAUGGGUUCGCCCUAGAUCAAAAAGAAGAUAAGUGUUUAGAAUUGUUUAUCUACAGGAAUUAAAUAUUUUUUUGAUAAUCAGUCGACAAGUAAAUGUAGAUUAUCAUGAUCAUGAUGUAUGUGGUAUGUUCAAUUGUUGACUGUAAAAAUAAUAAUGGAAGUGUGUUUUAUUGUGAUUGGACUA